AUGAAUGAAAAUCGUCAAGUUGUCUAUUUCUCUCGCUUUUGCCAAUUAUUAUUCAAUGCAUCUGUUGGUGAGGUAGCUUUUGAUGAUGAGAUCAAAUCUUUUAAGCUACAUACAAGGGCCUUCAAAGAUCUCAUCUCUAAAGAUGAAAAGAGGCCAGUUCUCAGGCCGUUACAAGUUCCAGCUCAAAUUAGAGAUAGACUGAACAUGCCUGCAGCAAAUCAACAGUCUCCAGUCCCUUCUCAAGGACCCAGAACUUCUGCAUCCAAGUCCAAGAGGGCUGCAAAGUCUGAUGCAGCCCCGUCCACUGCCAAAAGAACAAGAACCUCUGUUGCUACACAAGUUCUGAAAGCAAACUCUGAAGUACCAACAAACGCUGAUGAGCCAGUAAACUCUGAGGCUCACUUAAACUCUGAUGCUCCAAACUCUGAGAUCCCAAAGCCAGCCAGAUUCAAAUUAAGGGCUCAAAAGCCUGCAAGGGCAAAAGUUCCAGUCACUGACAUAACAGAUUUCACUCUUGAGGAAGAGCAAGCACCAUCCACCACUCUACCAGAACCUUCUCAAGCUCUGAUGGUACUUCCUCUUCAGGCUGUUCCAAUCUCUGAUGGUGCUACAACAUCUACUACAUCCUCUGAAGUAGAUGAAGAAAUAAAGUGUGACGAGGAACAAGCUACAACUGAAGCAGGAGCAAAUAUGUCUGAUCCUCAAACUCCAUUAUCUGAUCAUGGUCCAAUUCCUCAAUCUCCAAUGAAAAUCCCAGAGGCUCAUUCGGAAAUUGAUAACAGGCUGAAAACUGACAUCUUGGAAAGGGUUCUAUCGGGUGACUCAAAAUUCGGUGGGGAGGAGGAAGAAGAACACCUUCAAUACUUGAAUGCUUCUCCUUGGAGAAGAAGGAUGGAACCUCCAAUUGAAUCUCUUGGGUUAUCGGAAUUGAAAGAUUCUCAUGAACGACUGAAACCCUCGAUUGUUGAAGCUCCUAAACUUGAACUUAAGCAACUUCCCGAACACCUAAGGUAUGCCUUUCUUGGUGAAUCUUCUACAUUACCUGUAAUUAUUGCAUCGAACCUUUCAGGUAUCGAGGAAGAAAAGCUUUUGAGAAUUCUUAGGGAGUUCAAAUCAGCCGUUGGAUGGACUAUUGCAGAUAUCAAGGGAAUCAGCCCUUCUUAUUGUCAACAUAAAAUUCUGAUCGAGGAAGGGUACAAUCAGAUUUGUAUCGCACCAGAGGAUCAGGAGAAGACCACUUUCACUUGCCCUUUUGGCACAUUUGCUUUCCGUCGUCUUUCUUUUGGACUUUGUGGUGCACCAGCAACUUUUCAGAGAUGCAUGAUGGCUAUUUUCUCCGAGAUGAUUGGUACCAAUGUUGAGGUGUUCAUGGAUGACUUUUCUGUGUUCGGUACUUCUUAUGAUGAAUGCUUAAGCAACUUGACGAUGGUGCUAGAAAGAUGUGUGGAAACUAAUCUCGUUCUUAAUUGGGAAAAAUGCCACUUCAUGGUUCAAGAAGGCAUAAUUCUGGGUUUCUAUCGACGGUUCAUCAAGGAUUUCUCUAAAAUCACCAAACCCUUGUGUAACUUGUUAGAGAAGGAUGUGCCCUUCAAAUUUGAUGGAGAGUGCUUGGCUGCGUUCGAAACUCUAAAAAAGAAGUUAACCACAGCACCUAUUAUUACUGCACCUGAUUGGAAUGAGCCGUUCGAGAUGAUGUGUGAUGCUAGUGACUUUACAGUGGGAGCCGUGCUUGGUCAGUGGAAGAGUAACAUCUUUCACGUGAUUUACUAUGCUAGUAAGACUCUCAAUGGUGCUCAGCUGAAUUACACUACUACGGAGAAGGAACUACUGGCUAUUGUUUAUGGAUUCGAGAAAUUCAGGUCUUAUUUGCUUGGGACAAAGGUGUUGGUUUACACUGAUCAUGCUGCUAUUCGGUAUCUGGUAUCGAAGAAAGACUCAAAGCCUCGAUUGAUUCGAUGGGUUCUCUUGCUUCAGGAAUUCGAGUUAGAGAUCAAGGAUAGAAAGGGUACUGAAAAUCAGGUUGCCGAUCAUCUCUCUCGGUUGGAAGAUCAAGCUCGAGCAUCCAAAGACACCACUUUGAUCAAUGAGUCUUUUCCUGAUGAACAAUUAUUUGGGGUCCAAGUGGAAGAGCCAUGGUUUGCGGAUAUAGUGAAUUAUCUUGUGAGUAAUGUCAUUCCUCCUGAUUUGUCUUAUGCUCAAAAGAAAAAGUUCCUUCAUGAGGCGAAGUGGUAUCAAAUCUUCGAUGUGUGGGGUAUUGACUUCAUGGGACCCUUUAUCUCAUCUUGCAAUAAUCUCUACAUUCUUCUUGCUGUGGAUUACGUGUCUAAAUGGGUUGAAGUCAAGGCUUUACCAACCAACACAGCUGCAGUAGUCAUCAGUUUUCUUCAGAAGAACAUAUUCACUCGCUUUGGUACUCCUCGCGUUAUAAUCAGUGAUGAGGGAUCACACUUUUGCAAUCGCAAGUUCACAGCGUUGAUGGAAAGGAUUGGUAUUAAUCAUAGAGUUGCCACUGCUUAUCAUCCUCAAACAAAUGGGCAAGCUGAGGUAUCUAAUCGGGAAAUCAAGAAAGAUUGGGCGUUGAAGCUUGAUGAGGCCGUCUGGGCCUAUAGAACGGCAUAUAAGACUCCAUUGGGGAUGUCACCUUUUCAGUUGGUCUAUGGAAAAGCAUGUCAUUUGCCCGCGGAGUUAGAGCACAAAGCAUAUUGGGCCUUAAAGAAGUUGAAUUUUGACAUGACAGCUGCUGGUGAAAAGAGAAUGCUACAAAUAAAUGAACUCGACGAGUUUCGGUUACAGGCUUACGAGAACAACAAGCUUUACAAGGAGAAGGUCAAGAGAUGGCAUGAUAGAAAACUGGUGCACAAGGAAUUCGUGCUUGGUCAGCAAGUUCUGCUUUUCAAUUCUCGUCUUAGACUAUUUCCGGGAAAGUUGAAGUCAAGAUGGUCAGGUCCUUUCACUAUCAAGAUGGUGUUUCCACAUGGUGCAAUAGAGAUCUUUGAAACACUACCGGAUCAAGCAUUUAUAGGGAAUGGCCAGAGGUUGAAGCCUUACUUCGGAGGAACGGUGAACCGUGAGACGGUAAGCAUCGUUCUUGCUACUGUUUGA